CAGGAAACAUGCACUGCUGUCACGUGCACCCGGCAUCUGUGGUCUUGACGCGUCCUUGUGCCGAUUGACGCAUACUUCGGGACAACGUAAUUGAUACCGCUGACGACUACAAUGCCGGCAUACGUGUGUGUAGUAGGAAGCAUAUAAGCUGCACUGGCCUGGCGUGGACCCGCUCCCUCCUCAACUGAACAAAUGUCUCCCAACGUCGAACCACCAAAUUUCCAUCACUAUCAUCCCUAUGGACCGUAUCCACAUUGGGCACACCACUAUUACCGAGGAAGCUGGUUUCGCCAUGGAUGCCACCGCCUUUUUUGGUUCGCACUGGGAGCAGGCGCAGUCACAUGGUACUUCUCUCGCAAGGAACUUGGACAUGGAUGUUGCGGACCACGUGAAGAGCAUCAUCGCUGGAGAAGGCUCAGAGAGAGAGAGGAGCAUACCAAGGGACUCCCAGCCGGUAAUGAUGAAAGUCGUUCUUCCCAAGGCAACUGGCAUGAAGAAAUUGAACGGGUGAAACGGCUAAGCCACCAAGCAAGCAAUAAGGUCGCUGAAGUGACCGACGCCAGCCUGGACUCCGUUCUCUCCGCCGUAGCAGCUCUCAAACUCAAACUCCGUGAGGCUGAGGAGAAGGCUCGCAUCAUGCAAGACCAAGCACGUGCGAACCCGCCACCCAGCAAUAAUAUUCACGUCGAUCAAACUCCAACCUCUUCUAAUAUUCCUACACGCCACGACACCUCCAGUUGGCCCAGUUGAUUCACUCAUCCAAGGAUUCCACCAAGAAGUCUGAUUUUUGAUUAUAUCUGUAUCCAAACAUUUUCACCUGGUCCCGAUCACCAUUUCCAUUCUUUCCUCAAUCUACUUUUCAUUUUCCAAAUGGGUCACUCACAGUACAUAUGUAUCCUGAAAUUUAAUCAACGUGGCUUCAUCCAAAAUCGUCGGGUUGAUCGUUGCACGCUUGACAAAACAUCGA